GGCCCGCCGAUCCCCUUACCGCCCCCAUGGCGCUGGGCGGUGUCUGUGGCCGGGCGCUGACUGUGGCCAGGCCGUGCCCGCCAUGCUGCCGCCGGCUCUGCUCCGCCGCCCGCUCGCCGCCGCCGCCCGCCUGGCCCUGCCGCGCUCCGGCCCGCAGGUACGCCUUGCUACAGGGCCCAGACAAAAUAAUGGCAUUUUCUACGAAAUUCGCACAUAUGAUAUUAAGCCAGCAAAGAUGAAGGAGUUCUUGGAAAUGGUCAAGAAGUACUUUCACUUUCGCACAGCUCACUCAGAGCUGGUGGGAUUCUGGUACUCGGAGCUGGGAGCAAUGAACAGGGUGCUCCACAUUUGGAAGUAUGAUAAUUUUGCCCACAGAACAGCAGUCCGGCAUGCACUAGCAAAUGACAAAGACUGGCAGGGAAAAUUCAUCUCUGCAGCUGUCCCCUUGAUAGAGAAGCAGCACAAUGAGGUUGCUUAUCUGGUGCCCUGGUGUCAGCUUGGGAAGCCUCCAAAGGAAGGGGGUGUAUAUGAAUGGGUUACUUUCCAGAUGAAGCCUGGUGGGCCAGCAUUGUGGGGUGAAGCAUUUCGAGCUGCAGUCAAUGCUCACAUCAACACAGGAUAUACCAGCCUGAUAGGUGUUUUCCACACAGAAUAUGGAUUACUUAACACAGUUCACGUGUUAUGGUGGAACGAGAGCCCCGAUCACCGGGCAGCAGGAAGACACCGUGCCCAUGAAGAUGCCAGAGUUGUAGCAGCUGUGCGCGACAGUGUCAGAUUCUUGGAGUCCCAGCAAAAUGUGCUUCUGAUUCCCCUGGAAUGCUCACCGCUGAAGUAACCUUCUUCUAAAGGACGUAACUGAUGGCAGGAGAGACAAGAUGGAAAUGCUGUCAGCAAGUGACAUGGAUCCCCAUACCCUCAUGAGCUGAGCUGUUCUUCAGCUGACAAAAAAUGGAUGCAAAAUACUGAUCCACUAGCAAUGUAAAUCAGCACAAUUGAUACCAAUUGUUAAACAGAAGUUUAUGGUGAUGUUCCUGUGUCUCCAGGACAAAGAACUCAAGCCAAAUCAUGACACAAACCAUGCUUCACCAGUCAUCUAUUUUAAUUCCUAAGUUCUUCAUAAUUUCUUGCAUAGCUGGAUCACUUACAAAACUGAGUAAGUGCUCUUGUCUGGCAUUCCAGACAGGGAUGAUAUAAUUUUUAUAAUAUACUUUGAUGAAAAAUCCUUUUUACUUAAUUACUUGUCAUGGUUCAUUUCAGCCUUUUCCUUUAUUGUUCAUUAAACACUGCCUCAAAACUGUGAGUUAUCCACACAAGCUUUGCCUCAGGUAUUUUAAUACUUGCUUAGGGUGCUGAAGCUGAUUAGUCCUUCUUGUUCAAUUGUGUCGUCAGACUCAUCUGAUUUACAUGUUCUGACAUUCUUUGAAAUACUUUUCAUCAGACUAUUAAAAGCUAAAUAAAUGAGUAGAAAGCAUUAAUUUUUAGUGUUUAUGGCUCAAGCUCUUACUCUUUUUAAGCUGUGAGAUGAUAAAUCCCAUUCUCCAAGUACAAUAUUAAUUUUGCAGGUUUUGUCUUUUGGUCAACAACGAAUUGCUUUAGAACCAGUAAGCUGGAGUGAAUAGCAGUGGGACAGAGGGCUCAUGGGCUGAGAAGUCAAACUUCUGUUUUGUGUACAGUAGUACAGAGCACCCUCUUCUGCAAUUUAUAGGUAUCGACUAGAAAUUGCAGAGCACUUGGGAGGCUUUUCUACAUGUUUAUCACGGCUCUGCAAUGAGCACUUGAGUACUGAAGUAUCUUUGUGCAGUUUGCAUAAUGAUUACUGCCUCUUAUAGGGCCUUAAGAUCUCACAGAAAGCACUAAAUUAUGUUUGUGUCCAAGGUGGGUGCAUGGGAUGUGGCUGCUGUAGUUAAGGGAGUGUAACGGGUCUCAGCUGCUAUAUCCCUGUCUUCAUACAGUGCUCUUCCCCACUAGUAGCAUUCUCAGGGUGGAACAAACACAACUUCAGAGACUUCUGUCUUACAUUUUAUAAAUCAACUUUUUAAGGUACAAAGACCUGAUGAGCCAGUAUAUUGUUUAGAACAUGGCCUUACAACUGUUCUUUCAAAGGAAGUUUUUUUUUUUUUACUUACAAAAACAUGGGCGGAAAAAUGGGAAGAGAGAGUUAAAGACUUUUUUUUUUCAUUUGCAGGCAAGAAUUCAAGUUUCACUUAGGGUUUUUGGUUGGUUGGUUGUUCUUCUGCUUUUUAAUUAAACUGUUUUCCUUAACAUCAGCAUUGAGACUAAGGAACAUUUAGGAUGUUAGAGAUGUGCUUUAUCCUGCGGUGCCAGCUGGACAUGAGAUCAAAACAGAAAACCCAGGAAAUUAAGAGGGCUGCGCAAUCAUCAGCCACAUGAAGUUCAACAAGGGAAAGAGCUGGAUAUUGUGCCUGGGCAAGGACAACCCUGGGUGUACAGACAGGUGGGGGACAAGAUGCUGGAAAGCAGCAGGACUGGGCUCUGGGGGAUCCUGGUGGAUGGCAAGCUGAUCAUGAGCCAGCAAUGUCCUGGCAGCCAGGAAGGCCAACCCUGUCCUGGGGUCCAUCAGGCACAGCAACACAGCCGGUCAAGGGAAGGGAUUGUCCUGCUCCUGCUCUGAGGCAGCCUCACCUCGAGUGCUGGGGACAGUUUGGGGUGCCACUGAUGCCUUUUGGCACCUAAAAACAGAGGCCAGACAAAAUUAAGAUGAAUAAAAAGCAGUUAUAUUUAUUGAAGGGCCUUCAGGUACAUUUCAGGCAGUUGGUGCCCCCACCCAGGCUUCUUAACUUGGGCAGAAUUUUCUUGAUGAGUGCAACUUCAGGAAUUGGUUAGAUAUUGGAACUUGGUUGAUGAUGAUACUAUAGGCAGUAGCAGACAAGAUUUUAGUAUCAGUUAUCCUUGAGCAAUCACACUGUUAUUCUGCUUUCAUUUGUAAACUGCUAUUCAAAAUCAACCAACCCUAUAGGGUGUUUUUAGCAAGGAGGAGCAAUCAGCAGCUCACAGCUCUGUAAUAAAAAUGCAGAGGCAGGUACUUGAAUUGGGAUUUAGAUCUAGAGAAGUUUGUUAUGCUUUGCAGUUGGAUUUGACAGUUAACCAAUCACUUGCUAGAGAGCUUUUUAUUUAAUAACUUUAGAAGUUUAAUCUAGCACUUACCUUUAUAUCUUGCAUGUCCUCAUUUACCUGAAAAUAGUGUAACUACUCCAUACAAGUUUUUAGAGCUACUGAAAUCUCAUGAAUCAAAGUUCACAACAAAAUAAAACCAUGCAAAACAGAAGCUUCUAGCAGUGCUCCUUGAAAUAAAAAAUGCAAAAAUUACACUUGUGAAGACCAGUGGUGCUAUAACAGCUUUAUUUUUUUUCUUAAUACAAGGCAAUUAGAGUGCCUUUUAAUACUUCACAUAACAGAUAUUAGCAAAUACAAAUAUAUAUACUUUUUUUUUUCUUUUAAUGAAAAUGUCCAUUUAAGGAUUUAACUUAGAAAUUUCAGUUGUGAAAUCUCUCUAGAUUUUUGCAAAGUUAACAGAUAUUCCAGUGCAAAAAUAGAUCCCAUUACAGAUAGCAUAAAGUGCUUGGAACGAAGGACCAACUAUAAUUCAGGAGGGAAAGAUAAGCACAAAAGUGGUUGUUUAACCAUGGGGGAAAUACAACAACUCCUUACUGAAAUACAAAUGUACUACAAAGAGGGAUGCCACAUGUCAAUAGUACUGAAGUUUAAAAUAAGUUAACACCUCAGUGUAGUUUCAUUAUCAAGAGUGGUUCAUAUAAUGUAUAUGACUCCAGAGUGAUUUUUCCCCAACACAUACUUGAAUGAGUAAAAAUUAGUGGCUGUCUGAACAUAUUCCAUGACAAGUCUUCAUGCCAGUGUUGCAUUGUGCUGUCUGUUCAGUACAAACAACGCAGAUCAGAGCUGUGAAGUAGUCUGGUCAAUAUCCACAUUUACUGCAACAUUUUGUCACAGAUAGCAGACCCUGUAAGCAUGACAGUCAUGGGGCAAAAGAAAUCAAGAAUCUUUUUUGUGGGCUAAGGAAAGUUUAUUACCAUGUAACUGUUUUUUCCUGAUACAUGAAUCAUUUAAAUAAGCAGUUACCAAGAGCAAACCACAGCCCUUCCAGGACCAAAUCUGAAUCCUCCUAGAACUCGUUCUAGCUCUGCACGCACUAGUUUGGUGCAGUACAAAAAAGUUAGCCCUUCAGUGAUGUAAUGUGGAUUUGUAAUAGUGACUUGUAGCAGUGGUGAGACUCCAGUACAUGCUAUUUGUUUCAAUGUUACCGCCACAUAGUUCUGGAGUAGUCAGGGUUGUAGCUCUGCUGUUCUGCACUUGGAAGUCUGGCGUAUUCGUCACCCUGUAACUCAUCCCCAUAGAGUGACAAUGUCAUAAAGGUAAUAACAAAGCAUGUUUUAAGUGAGGUAUACCAAUCCCCAUUACACUCCUUUUCUCAAUCCCCUCAGCAAUGAAUUAUACAGAUUAAAAAAAAAAAAAAGUAUUAAAAA